AUGGGCCUCGCACGACCGCUUCGUUUGCUCUUAGCUGCCUGCUUUGUUCUUGCUCUAUUUCUCAUCUUCCAGGUUUCGAAAUCGCCCCCGUUGCUAACUGGAAGAAAGGGGCAAUACGAUAAUGGACUCCAGAGGGAGCCUCUUUUGGAUCCUACAGGAGAGCCUCCUGAGCCUCUUUGGCGGGCAAAAGAUGAUGCCUAUGCGCCCGACAACCCCAAUUCCGCUCGCAUCAACGCGACGCUCCUAGCCCUGGUUCGAAACGAAGAAUUGGACGAGUUAAUAAUGACGAUGAGGGAUUUGGAAAGGACUUGGAAUAGCAAGUUCAAUUAUCCGUGGACUUUUUUUAACGAUAAAGAGUUUACGGAAGAGUUCAAGACUCGAACACAAGCUGAAACAAAGGCAAAAUGCAAUUACGAGUUAAUUCCAAAGGAGCACUGGGACGUACCCGACUUUAUUAGUAUGGAGCUCUACGAAGAAUCCUCCAAAAUCCUCAAAGAGAAGAAUAUUCAAUACAGCAACCUGAUGUCAUACCAUCAAAUGUGCCGCUGGAACAGCGGCAUGUUCUACAAACACCCAGCCUUGGCGAAUGUGCAGUACUAUUGGAGAGUCGAACCCAAGGUCCAUUUCUUCUGCGACGUCGACUACGAUGUGUUCCGCUACAUGCAAGACCACAACAAAACCUAUGGCUUCACCAUCAACCUCUAUGAUGCUCCUGAGAGUAUUGCUACUCUAUGGCCGCAGACGCUUAAGUUCCUCGAAGCGCACCCCAAUCACCUACAUCCAAACAACGCAAUGGACUGGCUGGUGGACAAUAAGCAAAGACCACAACAUAAUAAGGACGCAAACGGGUACUCCACUUGCCACUUUUGGUCUAACUUCGAAAUCGCGGAUAUGUCGUUCUAUCGAAGCCCGGCUUAUGAGGAUUAUUUUAACCAUUUGGAUCGUGCCGGAGGCUUCUUCUACGAAAGAUGGGGCGAUGCACCAGUACAUUCUAUCGGCCUAGGCCUAUUUGAGGACAAGAGUAAAAUUCAUUGGUUCCGUGACAUCGGAUACCAACAUGUCCCAUACUUCAACUGCCCGAACUCUCCAAAAUGCAAAGGCUGCACUCCGGGAAAGUUUUACGCCGGGGAACCUUUCCUCCAGCUCGAAGAUUGCCGACCAAACUGGUUUAAAUACGUUGGGACUGAUUGA